AUGAAGGAGAUUCGAGCAGCCUUCCCUGCUCAAGACUGUCUCCUGAUCGUAGACCCCUUCGGCCAGAGCAACAAGCCAAGCCAGGAAAUCUCGCCGCCCAGAACUCCUCAGAUUGACGCUUUAAGCGAAGCUGAUGGACUAGAAAACUUGGAUCUAGACUGCUCUGACAGCAUCGACGAGAACAAAGAGCCUGUUGUGGCUGUCAUCGGGUGCGGAUAUGUUGGAACACAGCUCAUCGGCUCUUUCUCGAGUCAUUACGACGUGCUGGGCUUCGAUGUAUCGAAAGAGCAACUUCGAAGAUUAGAAGAGGAGUUUGGAGGCGAAGGAAGUCGUGUAUCUUUCACCCUCGAUCCUCGAAAUCUCUCCAGGGCUACCCACUUCCUCAUUUCAGUGCCAACGCUUCUCAAAGCUGAUAAGACAAUCGAUACAUCAUAUGUCAGAAGCGCGUUAACUAACGUGUGGAAAUAUGCCCGGCCAGGCUCAACGGUAGUGAUAGAGAGUUCCGUUGCCAUCGGGAUGACAAGGCAGCUACUCGGCCCCUUGGCUAAAGAGAAAGGGUUUUUCGCGGGCAUGUCUCCAGAGAGAAUCGACCCUGGACGAACUGAUCCACCCAUGCACGUAAUUCCAAAGGUCAUAUCUGGAUUGGACGAUGUUGUCCCCGGAUCUCUUGCUGCGAUUACCCGUUUGUAUUCGCGUGUGUUUGACUCCAUCGUUCCCGUAUCGACGCCGGAAACGGCAGAAAUGACCAAACUGUACGAGAACUGCCAAAGGAUGAUCGCCAUCACCUACGCCAACGAAAUGGCGGAUGCUUGCAUUGGCCACGGCAUCGACCCUUACGAAGUAUGCAGGGCGGCGUCAACUAAGCCGUUCGGUUAUACUCCGUUCACUCCCGGUCUUGGUGUUGGAGGCCACUGCAUCCCAGUCAACCCGUACUAUCUCAUGGCCAACAGCUCAUUCCCUCUUUUGAAGAUGGCAACCGAAACCACGUGGCAACGACCGGAGAAGAUCGGGCAAAGAGUUUUAGAUGCCCUCUUCCGGGAGGCGCCGCAUAAUACCUCAACUCAAACUUCUGCCAACAGCGAGAGCCUGCAUCUCAGCAAAGAGUCCGACUUUAAACACGUUGAGCGUACUGAGACCACAUCACGGAUAUCACGUUCAGAGAAGUCUUCCAGCUUAUUCCGACCUCGAGUACUAGUGGUCGGAGUGGGAUUUAAGGCUGGCCAGUCUCAUCUGAGCAACUCACCGGGGCUGAAGCUUAUUCAGACUCUUGCCGACUCGGGACGAGUCGAUGUUAUGUUUGCCGAUGCACUGGUAAAGCAAACUGCCAUCCCUCACAUUCCCCGUCUAGAUAUGAGCGACUGGAACAAGUCAAGCCUCGAAGGGUUCGACAUGAUUAUCAUCGCUUUCAAGCAAAAGGACAUGGAUUUCAAGGUUCUCGACGAGGUUCAAAAUGUUCGGGUCGAAAUGUGGUGCCCAUAG